AUGACACCGCACCACUCCUCACGGGCAAGGUUCCAAGCCUUUCCAACCCAGUUACAAAAGGAACAUUUCCCCCACCAACAGUUGUUUCUUCCCCUGCCAUAUAUAAUCUCUCUCUUCCUCUAUUCUUCCCCAGUCAACACCCUUAGCCUUAAGAUUUUCCUCCAUCUACCACUUAAACUUAAAUCAAACUUAUCUCUUAUCGAUCAGUCAGCCAGUCAAAAGUCUGGCGUCAUUGUUGGCGAUGACGUUUUGAACCUUUUUAAAUACGCCAAGGAACACAAGUUUGCUAUUCCUGCUAUCAAUGUUACCUCUUCUUCAACUGUUGUUGCUUCUCUUGAAGCAGCUAGGGACGCAAAGUCUCCUUUGAUUUUGCAAAUGUCCCAGGGAGGUGCUGCCUAUUUCGCUGGAAAGGGUGUCUCGAAUACCGAUCAGUUUGCGUCUAUCUCUGGUGCAAUUGCCGGUGCCAAUUACAUCCGCUCAAUUGCCCCUGCCUACGGCAUUCCGGUCGUCCUUCACACCGACCACUGCGCCAAGAAGCUCUUGCCCUGGUUGGACGGCAUGCUCGAUGCCGAUGAAAAGCACUUUGCCGAGCAUGGAGAGCCUCUCUUCUCCUCCCACAUGAUUGACUUGUCUGAGGAGGACAAGGAAUGGAACAUUUCUACUACUAAGAAAUACCUGCAACGUGCCGCUCCCAUGAGCCAGUGGCUCGAGAUGGAAAUUGGUAUCACGGGAGGUGAAGAGGACGGUGUUGACAACACUGGUGUCGACAACAGCUCCCUUUACACCCAACCCGAAGAUAUCUAUCAGGUCUACGAAGCUCUUUCCUCUGUCUCUCCUUACUUUUCUAUCGCUGCGGCUUUCGGAAAUGUCCACGGUGUGUAUAAGCCCGGAAACGUUAAAUUGCACCCCGAGCUCCUCGGAAAGCAUCAAGCCUAUGCCAAAGAGAAGAUCAACUGCGAGGAGGACAAACCCCUCUUCCUGGUCUUCCAUGGAGGGUCUGGUAGCAGCAAGGAGGAGUUUAGUGCUGGCAUCUCACAUGGCGUUGUUAAGGUUAACUUGGACACUGAUCUCCAAUAUGCAUAUUUGACCGGUAUCCGUGAUUACGUCCUCAACAAGAAGGACUUUAUCGCGUCUCAAGUCGGAAAUCCUGAGGGUGAAGACAAGCCAAACAAGAAGUACUUUGAUCCCCGUGUCUGGGUCCGUGAGGGUGAAAAGACCAUGAGCGCCCGUGUCAAGGAAGCUCUCACCGAUUUUAAUACUGCCAACCAAUUGUAAGGAGCCGGUCGGCGUUGAUGUCAUCCUCAAACGAGAAAAAAAAAGGUGGGAUGGGGGGACGAGGCUACGACCCUCCCUGUAGUUAUUAGUUUCUUUUCACAGAAUCUUAGGAGAGAUUUUCUACAAUAAUUGGGGGAUCAAUACAAUGUUGGGAUGACAAUA